AGGAACAGCUUCUAAAAGGAGGGCGCUCUCUCUCUCAAUCAUCUUCUACUCUCUCUUUCUCUCCACCACCGUGGCUUUUGGCUUUCUUUGCUCUCUCUCUCUCUCUCUCUCUCUGGGCGAUCAAGCAUCCAUCAAUGCCCAAGUUGCUUUUUCUCCCUCUUCAUUUGCUCUCUCUUGAAACAAGAAACAGAACACGAACAGUAGUACUCCUUGUGUUGCAGAUCAUCUUUUCUUACUUCUUUCACGUACAAUUAUGCUUUCCUCCACUGACCCGGCCUCUCUCUUCUCUCUCACUCUCUCUCUCUCUCUCUAAAGCAGACAAUAAGAUAUUAAGAAUAAAUAAUUGAUAUCGUUUAAGAACUCAUUGUUUUACGAUUCUUGGUUCCCUUCAUUCUCUCCCUUGUAGAUCUCCUUGCUGUACUUGUAUAGAAAAGCAUGGAUAGGUGGGGCAAAUCGUUACGAGAAGAUCGCCACCGACACCGGAGAGACAACCCAUCUUUCUCUUCCACUCUUCUCGACACCAUUUAUCAGUCCAUCGACGAAGGCCACGGCAAAGAACGGGAAGAAGAAAUCAUUCUUUACAGAGAAACCAUGAGAAAGAAACAGAGCGAUGGCCUAAAAGGACAAAAAGCAGAAAUUGCGAGCUUCCGACGACCAUGCAUGAUCGAUAAUUACUGGAUUGACAGGAAAGUGAAAGAAAAGGUAUCGGGUCGCCGGAACUCCACGGCGGACUUAGAAAGAAAAUCGAGAGAUGACCGCGGUUUCAUGUUGCAGAAUUCCAGCUCGAGCUCUUCGGAGUCCAGCUCCGGAGCAGGGUUCUCUUCGUCCGAGUCGGAACCCGUUCAUGCGUCGAAACCAAGGGCUUCGUGUUACUCUAUGCAGAGGCCGAAACCUAUUCGGACCGGUUUUUCCGAGAAGCCUCUAUCGGAGAAGUUUGGUGGUGGCUAUGGUGAACGAAGUGAUUAUAUUUCUUCUUCAACGCAAAAGCCAAAGCACGAGAACGGUUUUGUGAAGACCAAAUCCAAGGCCCUGAAAAUCUACGGAGAUUUGAAGAAGGUGAAGCAGCCGAUAUCUCCCGGUGGACGCCUCGCGAGCUUUCUCAACUCACUUUUCACUGCAGGAAACGCAAAGAAGGAAAAGAUGUCGUCGUCCUCAGUCGUUGGAGGGUAUGAUUCAACCAGUUCGGAGAGAAAAUCCAAGUCUACAACCACAACGUCCACAUGUUCUUCCGCGUCUUCGUUUUCGCGGUCUUGUCUAAUCACGACACCGCCUACGAGAAGCAAAUUCAGCAAUAGCACCAGCGGUGCGAAAAGGUCGGUGCGGUUUUGCCCUGUUAGUGUGAUUGUGGACGAGGAUUGCAGGCCAUGCGGGCAUAAAAGUCUACCUGAUCAGGACAAACCGGGGAUAAUGGCUGUUUCUACCAUAGGAACAGAGGGGGACGAGGAAAUCAAAUGUUAUGUCAUGAGUGGCAAUUAUCGGGUUGAGGAAGUUACCAAAGAUGGCCUGUUCAAGAAUUAUCAUAAAGAAAAGCAGAACAUGGAUAUGAGAGAGGUGGUUCUUCAAGAUCACGACAAUGGAGAUUCUUCUGAGGAAGAAGAUGAUGAUGAUGCAGCCAGUUGUUCAAGCUCUGAUCUGUUUGAAUUGGAUAAUCUUUCAGGUAUUGGGAUCGAGAGGUACCGUGAAGAAUUGCCCGUUUAUGAAACAACGCAUUUCGAUACCAAUCGAGCCAUUGCCAAUGGCUUAAUUAUGUAACUUCCAUGCAUAGAACUUGGAAAUUUUCCUUUUUCUUUUUUAGUCUUUGGAGUUAAUGGUUUGGGGGUUUACUUUGAUAAAAUAAUAUUUAUCUUAUUGUAAA